AUGGAUUUCUCAUUCGACCAAGAAAUGUUGAUGGAAUCUGAGAAUGAUGGCGAUCAACUUGGAUCAUUAGCUGCGUCCGAAAUUGGAAAGUUGCAGCUCCCCGAGCCUUUAACUGUGUGCAUUGAUCAAAAUGCGGAUAGUUUGCUUCGCGCGGCGGUUCAUAAUGAGAAGGAAGCCUACAAAAAUUAUUGUGCGUAUGCACACCAUAUUGGAUUCACUGUGCGAAAGGACCAUGUUGGUUUUUGGCCUAAUUCAAAAAUGAUUAAGACAAAGGAUUUCAUUUGUGGCAAGACUGGUUUUAAGAAAGAAUUGAAUAACAAUGUGGCGGUGAAGUACAGAAGAGGGGACACAAUGACUGGUUGUCCAGCCAUGAUCCGAUAUGUCGUCGAUGUAAAAGGUAACUGGUCGGUUAAGAAAUUUAUAGAAACUCAUAACUAUCAUUUGGCGGCAAACGGUGACAAACAUCUAUUGCGUUCUAGCAGAAAAAUGGGUGAUGUCAGUGCACAAGUGCUCAGAUCGAUGACAAAAUCAGGGAUCAGAACAAGCGAUGCCUUUAGUUUUCUGGCUACAGAAUUUGGGGGUGUUGAAAAUCUUGAUUGCACGAAGAGAGAUGCUUAUAAUUUCAUACAAAGAGAGAGAAAGAGUAUAAUUGAAAAUGGGGACGCUAAUUCUCUACUUAGAUUGUUCACUGAGAGGCAAGCAGAGGACACAAUGUUUGCAUGGGACGUCCAAAUUGAUGAGUCUGGUAGUUUAUUGAAUUUCUUUUGGAGUGAUGGGAUAUCCAGACUUGAUUAUGAUUGCUUUGGGGAUGUCAUAAUUUUUGACACAAGUUAUAGAUUAAAUAAAUACAAUUUAUGUUGUGCUCCUAUUGUUGGUGUGAACCACCACUGGCAGAACGUUCUAUUUGGAGUUGGCUUUUUGUCAGACGAAACAGUUGAAUCAUUCAAGUGGCUAUUAAAAUCAUUUAUUCGGAUUUUGGACAACAAACACCCCAUGGCAAUAUUCACUGAUCAGGAUCAAGCAAUAGCCAAAGCCAUUGAAGAGUGUCUUCCGCACACAAGACAUAGAUUAUGUCAAUGGCAUAUUUACAAGAAAUUAUCUUCAAAGCUACAUUGUGGUGUAAGCACCAAGAAAGUCAAUGAGCUUUUUUAUAAAUGCAUGACUAGGUGUAACUCUGAGGAGGAGUUUGAAGAAACUUGGCAUUCAAUGAUUGUGUUAGGAAAUCUAUAUGAGCAUGCUUGGUUGAUUAGCUUGUGCAAUAUCAGGCAUAAGUGGUCAACAGCUUUCAACAAGGACAUAUUUGGGAUGGGGAUCCUUUCAACACAAAGGAGUGAGUCGACGAAUAACAUUUGUCAUAAUGCCUCUAAGCCAACAAGCACCCUCACUGAGAGUUUCUUGGGUCUUGAAAAUGUCAUGAAAGCUUGGAGAAGGAAUGAGAGGGAUGAAGAUUUUAAAUCUGAACAAUCUGCAAUUGUCCCCGCUGUAAAAAGUAGUCAUGUGUUGAGACAAGGAACUUUAGUUUAUACGAGGAAGCUAUAUUCAAUGUUUGAAACAGAGUUGUUGCAUGGUAUGUGUGGUCUUGCUGUGGAGUGCUCAGUCACUUCAAAUUCAGAAUUUUAUGUUAGAAACUUAGAUAAUGAGCACACAGUCAGACCGUGGAUUGUUAAGGUCGAUAAAGGUAAUGAACUUGCUGAAAAAAAUGUGCUGGAAACAUUAAGGAAACUGACACUCGAAUCUGAAGCCAUAAUGAAUGGGAAAAACCCUCAGGAAAUGCCAAUGUCAAAGAAGAAAAAGACGCUGAAUAAACCACACAAUUUGAAGGACCCAACGAAGAUGCAGCCAAAAUGA